AUGAACUCCUCGGCAACGACACCGCGCAAUAUUUCCCCCAUGCCUCCCGCCGUACCUCUUCCUCGGCCACAACCUGCCUAUGUUGAACCCCACAACAUCCCGCUCUUUUCCGACACACGUCGCAUCUCACUAGCUGAACGCCGAAAUACUCCCUUGCUCGCUGACCGCACACAUCUUCGUAUCCUAUCCCCGCCAACUUCAUCUACCUCCGAUUGCCGUCCAACUCUUUUACACUUUGAGGAUAUACUCCGUGAACCACACCUUAUUCUUCCCCCACAAGUACAGCUCGUCGAAAUCGACCCACUCCACCCCGUGCGAUCCUUUAUCCCGCACCAACAUCAAUUCCUCUUCACCCAUCAUCUCAACUUACCCCACUUGAAGAGACUCUUUUGGCAUUCCGCUGGCGGCUACGUCAACCCUAGUUCAGAUGCUGAUAACCUGCACUCUUCUAUCCGAUCCAUAACCCAAUACCAUGACUCUACGUCAUCACUUCUGGACACUGUCAAUCUCUUUGACCCUAAGCUCCCCAAGAGCAUCACACAAGCUCAAGCACAGAAGAAAUGA